AUGAAUCUCUGGACAAAUGAACCCGACCAAUGCAAGCACCUCGCUAAGCCGUCCAUUCCCCAAUUCGUUGUCUCAUGCUCGUUGAUGGGAUGGUUACUGAUCUGUUACCUCCCACAAUGGGCUCGUAUAGUCUCUCGCAAGUCAGCAGAAGGUUUAUCAACCUACUACAUCCUCCUCGGCUCCCUUUCAGGUGUUUGUGCAGUGGGCAACAUUAUGAUGCUGCCGUCCAGUGCCGUUGAACUGGGCUGUUGCAGGACCAACACGCGCUUUGCCUGCAUCAGUGGCCUUCUCGGGAUGCUUCAAGUCAUUUUCGGCAUUGCCUGUUUCUGGAUCGUCCUCUUCAUGUAUGUUUACUACUCAGAGGAAGAGGCUGAUGCGGAAAAACAUGGCCGUCGAGCGUCAAUCUCUGGCCCAGAUCGCACAUUCCGCCGAGCAAAACGAGCCAUCCGAGUUCUCAUCGCUGCAUGCAGCUUCGCCAUGUCGAUUCUCUUGAUCUCGGCGAUCAUCUUGCACCGCUUCCCGUGGGUGGCACAGACGUGGGCUAACAUCUUGGGGAUUGCCGUGGCUUGCUUUGCAUGUGUUCAGUGGGUACCACAAGUCAGAACGACGUGGCAUCUUGGACAUCUCGGAAGUCUCAGCCCGACGUCUCUCUGUCUGAUGGCCCCGUACACGUGGAUCUUUGGCAUCAACAUGAUGAUUCGAGUCGGGCAAAAAGACUGGAGCGCCUGGAUUGUAUAUGUUCUGGUGGGAACUAUGCAGGUGGUUCUCAUCGUCAUGGCCAUUUGUUUCGCCAUCAGAGAUCGAAACUUGGCCAAGGAGGGUAAACAGCACUGCUCCGUGCCUCCUGAGUUUGAAGGUUGGAACACUGUGUCGACCUGGACAUCCCGUUCUCGUCAAACAUCGAUACUAUCGCAUAGGGCAUCGAAUGUCGGCCCUGACGAACGCAGCCCUCUCAUUCGAAGUCAACUCAGUCCCCGCGAGGUUUCACACAAGCAAGCCAACCAUCAUUCCUAG